AUUCCCAGAGAGAAGGAGACCUGAGGAAACCAAACCUAAAACGGACCUAGGAGGGGCUUUCUGCUAAAGGACACUGCUUAGAAUUGAAAAUAAUUCACUUCAUUGCAUUACGGAUUACUGGCUUCCAGAGUUUUCUGCAAUGCUGCCACGGUGGCCCCUCACAGGAGACCAACAUCUCAGCACGGGACCUUGUGCACCUCCACGGCUCUUCAGGCUGAACUGAAGAUCCCUCUUAUUUGUGGGGCGCCAAGAACUAUGAACAGACAGGGCAACAGAAGGACAACAAAAGAAGGAUCCAGUGAUUUGAAAUUCCAGAACCUCUGUCUGCCGAAAAAUAGGUCAUGGCCUCGAAUGCACAAUGCCAGCGGCCAGUACCGGGCUGUCGACAAGCCUCUUCUGGAACAGGAAAGGAACUUUGCUGUGGCAGUUCUGGAUGGAUCAAAAGACCACAUGGAUGGCGACUAUGAGGACCCUGAGCUUCACAUGGUAGAAGCAUGGCCAUCAAUACAAAUUUUGCCAGCCAGGCCUAUAAAGGAAUCAGAAUAUGCAGAUACACGCUAUUUCAAGGGUAUGAUGGACACUCCCAAUCCCUUAGACACCAAGACCUCUGUCCCCAUGGAGCGCCAUCCCUGGUGCACACAGAUGGGGCUGGAGAAAGUGGGCAAACCCGUUUCCAAGGAUUCCAGAAGCCAACAUGUUAAAGGAGACAGACCCACAAAGGGAAACAAGACUCCUUUACCACCUCCUCGGCCACUUGCCACUCUUCCAAAGAAGUACCAGCCCUUGCCCCCACAGCCGGAGAGUAGCUGGUCGCCCCUCCCUCAGAGGCUCAGCCUCCCCAAUGUCCAGAAAGGACCCAGGCAGAUAAGCUUAAAGGACUUAAGUGAGGUCCUUGGGACAGAUCGAGUUCCUCAUUAUCAGAUGAAACCUGAAUCAAUUCACCUGUCACGAAAUCAAAGCCCUCCAGAGAUUCCUCUUGCCACUGCCAGCUCACCAUUCGUGACCAGGAACCACAGUGUGCAAAACAGAGAUCAUAAAGAAAGCAUGCAGUUUCAUCCUCCUCAGAGAUGUCAGUCUCCAGCCCACCUCAGCCCUCAGGAAAAUUCACUGCACUAUAAAAACACAAACUGGAGAAAACCUUUCCCCACAAGGCCUGAUGAAAAGGAUGUCCAACAGAAUGACUGGUACAUCGGAGAACACAGUCGCCAGGCAGUGGAAGAGGCAUUAAGGAAGGAGAACAAGGAUGGCACUUUCUUGGUCCGAGACUGUUCCACGAAAACCAGGGCAGAACCCUACGUGCUGGUGGUGUUUCACGGGAACAAAGUCUACAAUGUGAAAAUCCGUUUCCUGGAGAAGCAUCAGCAGUUUGCCCUGGGGACAGGACUGAGGGAGAUGAGGUGGUUUAACUCAGUGGAAGACAUCAUCGAACACUACAAGUAUUUUCCCAUCAUACUAAUUGACGGGAAAGACAAAACUGGAAUCCACAGGGAGCAAUGCUACCUGACUCAGCCCCUCCCCCUCAGCAGGUGCUUCUCACCUUGGUAGUCGGAUUUUGUUUUCUCUGCGGUUCCAAUCCCACCAGAUCCAAUACCUCUACCCACUUUUCAUUGAUUUCAAAAGAUGAUUUUUCUGUGGCUUCGAGGGAUCCUUUUUUUGACUUCAGAGAAAAGGAAAACAUUCUAUAAUGGAAAUUGGAAAAUUGAUCUCAGUUUUGAAAGUUCAAACCACAGAGAAAUAUUGGUAAGAACCAAAAAUAAAAACGGGCUUUUAAAAAAUAUCUCCUAAAGAGAAAACUAUAAACGUGGUCACCAUGGGUCACCAUCCUUCCAGAUGAGAAAUAAAGGUGAUGAGAAGCUUUGCUUAGAUGUUUGCAGCUAGCAUGGGACAAAUCUGUGUGAGACUGCCAUACCUAUUCUCU